AUGGCUUCUUCUGCGCGUUCGAUGGCGAUGAGUGAUUUGGGAGAUCCAUUUAAUCCAUAUAUUCCUCCAAACGAGACUCCCGAGGAGAAGAAAAGGCGCAUACAAAGAGAAAAGGAAGCAAAAAAACAUAGUGAAGCAAUAGAUAGGCAGCUUAAAGCUGAAAAGGAAGAGAUGGAAAAAACUAAGAGUGCUAAGUUGUUAUUACUAGGAUCAUCUGAAAGUGGCAAAACUACAGUAUUAAAACAAUUAAAAAUCAUUCAUGGAAAUGGCCUUGAAGAAGAACGGAGACAGUAUGCUCGUAUAGUGCAUCUAAAUGUACUCACCGCUAUGAAGGCAUUGACAAGUGAACUCGAAAGUUCUGGAAAUUCUUUGGACGAUCCAAAAAAUGAAGAACAUCUUGAAAAAUUCCAAAUGUUAACCACCAUCAAAGUUACCUUAAAUCGUAACUCAUUAACUGUUCAGGCAGCAAUUCGAGAUAAAAAAUCUGAUGAUGAUACUGCGUCAGAGACCUUUCGAGAGCAUUCUGAAUCUAUUCAAGCAUUAUGGUCUGAUGCCGCGAUACGAAAGUGUUUUGAAAAAGCUAGUAAUAUCGGUCUUCAGGAUUCAGCAAAAUAUUUUCUGGAUCAUGUAGAACGAUUUGCUCAACCAGAUUAUGUACCGACAGAUGAUGAUAUUCUUCAAGCUCGAGUGAGGACUAUUGGGGUGACAGAGCAUGAAUUCAGAAUCAAAGGGAGUGAUCCUGAAAUUUUCAGAAUAUUUGACGUAGGUGGUCAUCGGUCUCAACGCCAAUAUUGGGCACCAUAUUUCGAUGACGUGAAUGCUAUAAUUUUCAUGGCUGCUGUAUCAGCAUUUGAUCAAGUUCUCGAGGAAGAUUCAGAUGUUAAUCGUAUGCGUGACUCACUUCAACUAUUUGACACUAUAUGCAAUCAUCCUCUAUUUAUAAACACAAGCAUUAUAUUGUUCUUGAAUAAAAUUGAUAUAUUAAAGAAGAAGAUACAAAAAGUCAAAGUAAAAGAUUACUUCGAAGAAUAUAAAGGCGCAAAUGAUUUUCAAUCUGUCACAAAAUUUUUUCAACGCCAAUUUUUAGCGAAAAAUUCCAACACUGAGAAACAUAUAUACGUACAUUUCACACAUGCAACAGAUACAAAACAAAUGCGUGUUAUUGUAGCUUCAGUUAAUGACAUUGUGCAACGAAUGAAUCUUAAAGCUUCCGGUUUAAUUUAA